GAAACAGGCUCUUCCAACAUGGCGACUUCCACGGAGAGCAGUGAUGGCUCAAAGUCGUCUAUACCUACCAUGGCCUCGGACAAUUUAAUUGAUCCAACUUCUCAUUUUCAGUAUAGUCUCAUAUUGGAUCAUCUUAUUGGAGACAAAAAGCCGAUCAAAGACUUGAGUCCAGGCGUUAUGGGUGGACUGCCGAGUCCACAAAAAACGGAUCAGGAGAAGAUGAUCGAACGAGGAAUGGAGAGCUGUACGUUCAAAGCCGUGCUCGCAUGUGUUGGAGGUUUUGUGUUAGGUGGUGCUUUUGGUGUUUUCACAGCUGGCAUUGACACCAACGUUGGAUUUGACCCUAAAGACCCCCUGAGGACCCCGACAGCGCGCGAGGUCUUGAAAGAUAUGGGCCAGAGAGGCAUGUCGUACGCCAAGAACUUCGCUAUCGUGGGAGCAAUGUUUUCUUGCACAGAGUGCAUCAUCGAAUCACACAGAGGCAAAUCAGACUGGAAAAAUGCCGUGUACAGUGGAUGUGUCACAGGAGGAGCGAUUGGAAUGCGUGCUGGUAUGAAGGCAGGUGUGUUGGGGUGUGGAGGAUUUGCUGCGUUCUCGGCUGCCAUUGAAUACUACCUGCGGUAGAGCUGACAGGCAUCGGUGUCUUGCAGUCACACACUAUUGAACUGGAAUAUGACUGGUCCACAGAUCUAUUCGCGUGGAAAUGUCUAAUAUGCGUGUGUUACGUCUAAUAAUACUCAGUAUAAUUGAGAGAGAGGGCUAUUUCUAUUUGCUCUAUCAAGCGUAACUUUGAAGAUGUCUGAGGACUUUAAUGGAGUUUUUCUUUCCUCUGCACUCUACUGUCUUCAGUGUGAAUAAUUAGAGGUCGGUCCUUUGUGAAAGUUGUUGUCCCGCUAAAUAAAGUGGUGUAACACCUCAUUAAAUUAAAUUAAACAUUAACAAA